CGCCACCGCUUCCGGUUCGAGGCUGCUGCUGUGGCGGGGUGGUGAGUGUAAUCGAGAUCUGGCGCCUUUUCUGGGACCAUGGCAGCCCAGGAAGCCACUCCAGACGGCCAGUCGGAGGAGAGCAGUGCUUUGGACUUGCCAUCAGUUUAUGACAUAAGGGAUUACGUGUUGCAGAGACCCAGCCAGGAGGCCAACAGUGAGGCUCUUGGUUCUGCGGAAGCCCUUUCUAUGCCUUGCUCUUCUGAUGUGGAUCCAGACACCUGUAACCUAAAUACUGAACAAAAUGAUUGCUGGACCUCUGAGAACUCCUGUCUUGACCCUUCUGUGAAGGGCCAGCCAGAGACCAAGCUGCAGGAUGAUGGACUUCAGCAGUCUCUGGAUACAUUCUAUGAAGCGUUUGGCCAUCCACAGGCGGCCUCUGGAAAUCCGCUCUCCGCGUCUGUCUGCCGGUGCCUGUCUCAGAAAAUCAGCGAACUGAAGGGCCAGGAGAACCAGAAGUACACCCUCCGCAGUUUGCAGAUGGCCCGGGUCAUCUUCAACCGGGACGGCUGCUCAGCCUUGCAGAGGCGUUCCAGGGCCGCCCACUUCUACCCAUCAGGAGAAGGAAGUGAGUCUCUGGAGGAUGAAAAGCCAACCCCAGGACUUUCAAAAGAUGUUAUUCAUUUCCUCUUGCAGCAGAAUAUUAUGAAAGACCCAUGACUGGUGCCUGGUGGUGGGAGCAGGCUCGUGGAAGGUAGCCCCGGGGCUGAUACCGCUGGUGCACCACCCAGAACCCCUCAGGUCUCCCGCCAGCCCCGUGUACCCGGCUCCCAGCUAAGUGCUUUGCUGGCGAAGGCUGCCAUCUGUCAUCUGGUCCUGGAGCCACUUCAGUCCAUAUGGAGAGCCAGCAGUGUCUGGGGACUUUAUUGCCUCUGUGGCCACCCUACCUCCCACCCAAACCUACCACUCCCUUUGACCUAAGGCCAGUGACCAGCUGGUGUAGGAGUCCAAAAACCCAGCUUCGUUGCCUCCAGGAAGGACAUGCUUUGAGGCAUAACUCAGGUUCCAGAGCUCCCCUCCUGGUCAGCCCAAGGCUGGGGCUUCUCGUGAAAUCUCGAUCUUGCCUGGCUCCUUCUCUUCCCCUGCCCUCCUUCUGCCAUUCACUUACUGGUGUCCCCUGGGAGCUUUUCCUUAAUAAAUGUCUUGUACCUGAA